AUGUUCAUUUUCGCCCUCUCCUCCCUGUUGAUCGCGAUUCGCGCUAUGUCUCUGUUCGCUGCUGUGAGCGCAGCUCCGGUGAACGAGACCGAUCGUUUCGACGGGAUGAGCCCGGAAGCUCGGAGCAUUCUUGCUCGCGCCACUCCCGCUGCUCCGCAUUUCGUGCUUUACUCGGAUAUGUGGGUUUCAGGACAAACAAGGCCCCCCACUAGUUCUCAGCUUGCGGGUGUGAACACAUUUAUUCUGUCGUUCCUGUUGACCGUGGGUGCUUGGGAUCAAGCCCAGGCAUGGCAAUCGCUCGCCGCUUCUCAGCGAAGCUCGAUCAAGGCCGAAUAUGCUGCCGCUGGCAUCAAGCUUAUGGUUUCGGCUUUUGGAGCUACGGAUGCUCCGACUUCCGUUGGUCUCGAUCCCGUUGCCACCGCCAACACCAUGGCUGCCUGGGUCAAACAGUAUGGUUUGGAUGGUAUUGAUGUAGACUAUGAGGACUUCAACGCCAUCAAUGCAGGAGACGGCAAAGCCGAGGCGUGGCUCACAAGCUUCACGAAGCAACUCAGGGUUCAACUUCCUCAAGGAACAUACAUCUUGACUCACGCUCCCGUCGCACCUUGGUUCUCGCCCAAUAAAUUCGGAGGGGGUGCAUACUUGACGGUCAACAAGAACGUCGGUAGCUUGAUAGAUUGGUAUAACGUUCAGUUCUAUAACCAGGGAACCAGCGAAUACACCACCUGCAACAAUCUGCUUAGCACAUCCUCCAGCACUUGGCCCAAGUCGUCUGUUUUCGAGAUCGCUUCAUCAGGGAUCCCUCUUUCCAAGAUCGUCAUCGGAAAGCCCGCCGCCGCCGGGGACGCGAACAAUGGCUUCAUGUCAACAUCUACUUUGGCAGGCUGUCUGUCUCAGGCCAAGAAUCAAGGAUGGAACGGAGGGGUUAUGGUUUGGCAGUAUCCCCAUGCCACGUCUUCGUGGUUCAAGACGGUCAGAGCUUCAUCGUGGCCCUUCUAA